UACUUCGCAACUUGGUACUUUAUGCGAAAUAGCCCUACCUGACUCGUAAGCAUGGGCCAAAAAUUGGUCAAUAAAAAGUUCCGCAAGGCUAAAGACAAUUUUCUUCGGAAAGGCGUGCUUUUCAAGAAGAGUUAUGGCGCAGAUAUCUUCAUCGUCAUAAGGCGCGGUCAAAAGAUUUAUAUAUGUGACUCCGAGGACGGUGUCUCUUGGCUGACAGAUCUGAAGAUGCUAGACCAGAAUUACCCCAUUCCGAUUCGCGUAACGCCAAAACUAUUCGAGACUUGCCCCCGUUCCAAGAAGUUGAAAUUGGUUCAGAGAAGAGAUAGGGUAGCCGAUGAUGUGAUUGUGACAGAGGGAUGAUAGGCUAUGUACAAUACAGAUCAUUCCACGAACAGUACGCGAGUAGUCCGCGUGACGUACAUGACAUACCAUUUGAGGUCCGCAUC